GGACACCUGUAUCAUAUCUUCCUGCUGCUCUGAAGCCGAGUUUGUACUUUAGAAAGCGUUGUCUUAAAGGAACAAACCCAACAACAACACCAACACAUUUAUAUUCUUUAUAAUAAUCAUUUCAUUUUCAACACAACCAGCUCUAGUGAUUUUUUCUUCUCCCCUUUCAUUUUGUGUUGGAAAUUCAUAAAUACGAAAAGAAGAGACUUAAAAGAAGGACAAAAAGCAUUUUGUUUCAAGGCAGAGCUACAACCGAAGAGAAUAAGGAAGGUGCCACAGGAAGAAAAAUGCCUGGACGCAAUACACAUUCUGCCGACAACGUGUUUAUGAUUUCAUUAUGUCUGGGGCUGGCCUUGCUCAUUGUCCGUGUGUCUGGACAAUGUGGCAAUCCUCCAGAUUAUCCCAAUGUGAUAAUGACAACUCAACCGCCACCUAACUUAGUGGAGGGAUCUACAAUCACUUAUGAAUGUCAGAUUGGGUAUGUACGGAACAGUGGAUCUACAACAAUCACCUGUACCAGUUCACAGUGGUCACAGCUGACCUUGGUGUGUGAAAGCCGAUCAUGUGGAAGUCCAGGAGAGAUACUUAAUGGACGCUUUAAUACUGAUGAGGGUGUUCUUUUUGGAGACAAGGCUUAUGCAGUUUGUGAUGAAGGAUUCCAGUUGGCAGGCAGUGGUGUCAGAAACUGUCUUGCAAAUGGCUGGGAUGGUGCCAUUCCUAUAUGUGAAAUUGUUAAGUGUCCAAACCCUCCAGAGAUUGUAAACGGUGAAAUCACAAACCCACCUCAGGGAACUGUCACGUUUGGCACAGUUAUUAUCUACAGGUGUAAUGAAGGGGUUCUGGUGGGUAAUAGGGAGCUUGUUUGCACCAAAUAUGGAAACUACAGUAGUGCUCCUCCAGCAUGUAAAGAUCACAAAGGCUGCCCUUCUGUUCAAGUGGAAAAUGGCCAUAAGGUAGCCGGAUUUGGACCUGAUUAUAAAUAUAAGGAAUCUAUUACCUUUGCUUGUAAUUCUGGGUAUAUUCUCCAUGGCACUGACACUGUUACAUGUGGAAUAAAUGAAAUUUGGGAACCUGAACUUCCGACUUGCCAAAAAGCUUCAACAACAACAACCACCACAACCACCACAACCACAGGAGUGCCUUCAACACCCUCUCCAGCUCCAACCACCACCACCACAACAACAACACCUAGAACCACAACUACAAAACUGCCUCCAGCACCCUCUCCUGGAAUUUCAUCAACCGCUGGACUGAAUACUGUAAAGACGACUACUACUGCUCCAACCACCACCACCACAACAACAACACCUAGAACCACAACUACAAAACUGCCUCCAGCACCCUCUCCUGGAAUUUCAUCAACCGCUGGACUGAAUACUGUAAAGACGACUACUACUGAUGACAAGAAUGGGUCUCCAGGACGAUGUGGUAAAACAUGUGGAAAUCCUCUUCUCCUCCUCGCACUGCUGCUGCUUAUUAAAUUAAUGCCGUUCAGCUGAAAAGGAUUCUCUCCAGUGGUGUGCAUCAAUACAGGCCCUAUGAUCUGAUUUUAUUUAUAUUUCACUGAACAUUCAGUUGUGUGCACCACUGACUAUAUAUAAAGAUUGUGCAAUAGUAAGAGAUGUUGUAAUCACGUGAACUGGAAAAUGUGUACUGCUUUAGAUUAAAAAAAAAAGCUUUUAAUUAUAUACAGUAUAUAUUGUAUACAUUUUUGGAUUUUUAUAGGAAUACUAUUCUUGAAAUAUUGUGAAAAGAGUUUGUCAAUUUGAAUUGUAUUCUUCUGUUGGCUCAAUAUCCCUGUACAUCACACUCCAACCUAAUGCACUGUGCCGUAAUUCAGAUCAAACAAACAGAUCAAAUGUGCCUCAUUCUGUUUGAACGGGGGGAGGGAGGAAGGGUGGAAGGGUACAACCACUGGCUAAGGGCAUUUGAAAUCUCCACUAAGGGAUCUUGGAUAUUUAGCCUUUCACCGAAUCAUCACUUUGCUUUUGAGGAAUCUUUUUAUUCUUCUCUGUACUGCAUUAAUAAAAAUGGGUUUAAA